AGAGAGAGAGAGAGAGAGAGAAAGAGAAAAGAAGGUUUUUUUUUAAAAUAAAUAAAAAGGAAGGGUAGAAGGAAGCGCCCGGCAGUUGUGUUACUAUUGCUGUGAGUUGUAAGGGCUGCUUCUCUCCUGGCGUUCACAGAAGGGGAAAGGCUCAUCAGCUGAAGGCAAAGGCGCUCAGGAUUAUUUUGUCUCCACAGCUAUGCAUCGUAGCCAGCUAAAGAUAAAAUGGAGAACCUUUUUAUUACAAUCGUGUGUGUUGCUGCUGACGUAUCUUGUAAUUACACUGGAAGCAGUGCCUAUUGAUGUAGACAAGACAAAAGUGCAAGGGGAAGAACAAAUAGAAAGUGCAAAAGUAGAUAAUCCAGAUACUGGGCUUUAUUAUGAUGCAUACCUCAGGCAAGUGAUAGAUGUUCUGGAGACAGACAAACAUUUCCGAGAGAAGCUCCAGACAGCAGAUAUAGAAGAAAUAAAGAGUGGAAAAUUAAGCAAAGAGCUAGACUUAGUUAGCCAUCAUGUGAGAACAAAGUUGGAUGAACUGAAAAGACAAGAGGUUGCAAGAUUAAGGAUGUUAAUUAAAGCCAAAAUUGAUUCAUUUCAAGAUUCUGGCAUAGACCAUCAAUCUCUUCUCAAGCAGUUUGAGCAUCUAAACCACCAGAACCCUCAUACUUUUGAAGCUAAAGAUUUAGACAUGUUGAUCAAAACUGCCACAAGUGACUUGGAAAAUUAUGACAAGGCCCAUCAUGAUGAAUUUAAGAGGUAUGAGAUGAUGAAAGAACAUGAAAGAAGAGAAUACUUAAAAACACUGGAUGAAGAAAAGAGACACCAAGAGGAAUCCAAGUAUGAGGAAAUGAAGAAAAAGCAUGGAGAUCACCCCAAAGUUAACCAUCCUGGAAGCAAAGACCAACUGAAAGAGGUAUGGGAAGAAGCUGACGGCCUAGACCCUAACGACUUUGAUCCAAAGACAUUUUUCAAGUUGCAUGAUGUCAAUAAUGAUGGCUUUCUAGAUGAGCAGGAGUUAGAAGCCCUGUUUACUAAAGAGCUAGAGAAAGUCUAUGAUCCCAAAAAUGAAGAGGAUGACAUGGUAGAAAUGGAAGAAGAGAGGCUCCGAAUGAGAGAGCAUGUAAUGAAUGAGGUUGACAUCAAUAGAGACCGGUUAGUAACUUUGGAUGAAUUCUUAAGAGCUACAGAGAAAAAAGAAUUUUUGGAGCCAGACAGCUGGGAGACCCUUGAUCAACAGCAGCUGUUCACUGAAGAGGAGCUGAAGGAAUUUGAAAGUCACAUUUUCCAGCAAGAAGAUGAACUGCAAAAGAAAGCCAAAGAACUUCAAAGACAGAAGGAAGAACUCGAGAGGCAACAAGACCAGCUUCAGGCUCAGAAACAAGAGCUCCAGCAGGCUGUACAACAGAUGGAGCUCAAGAAGUUACAGCAAGGUCUUCCUCCAGCAAGGCCUGAUGGAGAACUAAAAUUCCAACCACCUGGGGCACAACCAGUUGGUAAUACUCAAAACAAUCCUGAAGGAAGCAGACAGCCUUUACCACCAGGAACUAUUCCAGUACAAGAAGCUGCUGUUAGAUCAGAUCAUGUCCAGACUCAUACUUAACCACUUGUGCCUCAACUUUAUACUGUAUUUUGGGGAAGGGAGGGAGGGAAAUGGCCAGACACUGAAAAAAAAAAAUUGGUAAUGAGAUUCUUGUUUUCUCUACUUGAAAGUUGAGGGAUUCUCAUAAAUUUACAAUCCUCAUCCAGUAUUAAGGUUUCCAUACACAAAUGGCACAAUAUAAGCUUAUAUUGUUGUGGGCUUUAUAAGGUCUGUAAAAAGAUUCUGGUUUGGUCACUAGAUGAAAACAGACAACAGGAUAUCAUAAAGGCCGCUUCUUCACAGUCUAAAGAUAGUGAGAUACUCACGGAAGGCUGCUGGCUUCCUCACACAAUUUUUGACACCAUCCAUUUACAAAACGCAACAAAUCAUGUUUGUGGUGUUUUGUAAAUGGAUGGCAUAAAAAAUUGCACGAGGAAGCCAGCAGCCUUCCGUGAGCAUCGCGCUAUUUUUAGAGGAAACGGCCAUAGUUUUCCUGUAUGAGCCUUGUUAUUUGAUUUCUGUGUGAUUUGAUUGCAUGGUGGUCAUUUAUGUCUUGAAAGUCUCCUUCAUGCUUAAAUAUGGCUUUAAUUAUUAUCCAGAUGACUAACUGAUUGGGGAAAAGUUAAGAGGAGCUUUUUAAAAAAAUGUUGAUUGUGCCAGCUCUCCCUGUUUUCAGAAAAGAAGUUGGAGCUCUUCUGAACAAGUCUAUACAACAGGGACAAGACCUUUGGCAUAUGAAAAUGUUUUCCUAAAAGUGCCAACAAUUGUAAACAGGAAUCUUAAGAACUGUGGACUGAGUGUUGCUGAGUUCUGACAAUCUCUGUUGAUUUGGAGACAAAAUCAAAACCAAGCCACCUGUAAUUUGAAGAAAUUCUGCACAUUUUAAGCAAGUAUAAUUGCAGAAGAGAGUAACAGAAAUAGGUGUUUUUCCUAUUUACAGAUGCCUAAGAAUACCAACGCAAGAAGCCUUCAAUAGAAAUACUGUGCUUGGAGUACUGAUUGAGCUGUCUUGAUUGUGAUGAACUGUGUCAGCUCAGUGCCUCCGUUGCAAGUCAGCUAUCAAGAGGAUACUUUUGUCCCUAUUCCUUUCAUAAUCUGCCAGUUGCAUUCAGCUGGAAGCUAUGAAAGUGAGCCCUUUAGAUGAUGAUAAAAUAUUUUCAGAAUUA